CUGCCUCCAUGCCCCAGGGUCAACAGCAGCCUGUCCAGUGAUGAGGUCCUCCUGGAAGACUUGGAGACGGAAGGAGAGAGGCAGCUCAAAAGCCUUCUUCACCACCAGCUCGAUACCACUGUCUCCAUAGAGCAGUGCAAGUCAAAGCGGAGAUGCUUCGCCCCUGCAGCUUUUUACAAGCCUUUUGGGGAAGAGGCUGCAGGGGCUUUGACCUUGUCGCAGUUCCAGGCCCUGCAGGAGAGCAACAAAGAAACUGCCUCUCUCCGGGAACUGGGGCUCUCCGACUCGGAGAUCCUACUCUGGAAGAACCAGGCUUCGACAGGGAAGGGCUCUGGGCUGGGAGCAGCCCCGGAGGCCACGCAGGACCGCCUCCAUGCCAUCCAGGAGAAGAUGGAAUAGCGUCAGCGCAUACUGGCUCUGCCCCAGAGGUUUGCUGGCAGCAAGCAGCUGAGCCGGCGGGAGAUGGAGAUUGAAAAUGCCCUCUUCCAAGGAACGGACCGUCACUCCUUCCUCCGGGCACUCUACCAUGAAGAUGACACUCAAAAGAGGAUAACAGAUGAAAAGGACCCCAUGGUUCAUCUGGAGAGUGUUUACCAAGAGCUGAUGAGCAAAAAGUGGCCUGAAGAAGUCCAGCAUAGCAAGAAUGACCCAUUCUUAUGCCCUUCCCUGGCCCCACAGGGGCCUGUGGCUGAGGAGUCAUCACCUACAGACCGGGAAGAGCAGGCAGAACAGGCAAGUCCCAGCCUUCCUGCAGCAGGGCCCCAGCCCUCCCCUGUGAUUAUCAAAGACCUUGUAGAGUUUGUCCCAGAACAGGAGAUCUACAAGAACCGUCUCUCAGAGGAAGAACUCCGGAAUAUACCGAGGUUCUCGUCCUACCAUCCUGGGGAACCCAACAAGGUGCUGUAUUUGAAGAACCUGGGCCCUCGAGUCACCGUGAAGGACCUGGUGUCCCUGUUUGCUCGGUUCCAGAAGGAGGACGGCCCACCGAUCCAUUUCCGCCUCCUGAGUGGCCGGAUGAGGGGUCAGGCUUUCAUCACCUUCCCUGAUGUUCAGUCAGCCCAGCACGCCAUGCGGUUGGUGAAUGGCUACAACCUGCAGGGGAAGCCGAUGGUGAUUGAAUUUGGGAAAAGCAAGGGGCAUUCACGAGAGACUGAUGCUGCCGUCCCCUGCUCUGCUGGAGAAAGUGCCCCUGCCACGUGA